AUGGCUCAAACAGGUUCCUCCUGUGAAGCCAAUGAAAAGCGGACAUGUCUCAAACGGAAGAGAAAUUCAACAGACGAUGAGGUGGAGAACAUGCCACCGGUGAAAAAAUCACCAACAACUGCUGAAGUACCUAUUGACCAGCCAACACAUAAUGUUGUUGUUGAAUCUUCAUCAUGCUCCAGUGAUGAAGAGGGCUCUCAUUUUGAAAGUACUGAACAACCAAGGAGUGUAUACACAGACAUAGAAUAUAACCCCGAUAGUUUGUUAAGCCCACCAAGCAUACCUGAACUUCCUAAUUAUGUUCUGAGCCCCUUAGAAAAUGUUGCCAGGGGUGACUCUACACCACACUCUAACAAAAGGCCAAGUACAAGUAAACUCCAGUGUCCCUCAUCACCAAAACGAAAAUGUCCACUACCAGGACUCUCCUGGGCGGAUCCCAAAGAUGUGUGGAAAAGUAUGUGUGAAUGUGAUGCCAGAUCCAGUACGGAGAAGAAUCCUAAUAUGUUUGACAAUCAUCCAAAUCUUCAACCAAGGAUGAGAGCCAUUCUACUGGACUGGUUGAAUGAGGUAUGCGAAGUGUACAAACUGCACAGAGAGACGUUCCAUUUAACCGUGGACUACGUGGACCGCUACUUGUCUAACACCACGGACGUGCAAAAAGGCCGGUUGCAGCUCAUAGGUAUAACUUGUUUGUUCAUCGCUGCAAAAGUAGAAGAGGUAUAUCCACCGAAGAUUGGUGAAUUUGCAUAUGUGACAGACGGCGCGUGUACCACCGACGAGAUCCUCCUAGAAGAACUGCUCAUACUCAAAAUACUAUCGUGGAGUAUCACACCGAUCACGAUCAACAGCUGGCUGAAUAUUUACAUGCAAUUAGCGAGCGAAGCGCGCAGUGCGAAGUGCAGGUUGCUCGGUGAAAGUGACGUGGGCGCUAACGCUCUGAGGGGCUACACGUUCGUGUUCCCACAGUACUCGUCGCUGGAGUUUGUGGUAUGCGGCCAGCUGAUAGACCUUGCAGUACUUCAUGUGGACGUGAAUCAAUUCUCAUAUAGCACUGUCGCUGCGGCGGCGAUGGCUCACGCUUUCAACAAGGAGCUCGCUUUGAGGGUAUCGGGGUACAGCUGGGAGCAGCUGGCGGCGUGCCACGCGUGGCUGGGCGCGUGCGUGCGCGUGGUGCGCGCGGCGGGCGGCGUGCGCGUCGUGCGCGGCGGCGACGGCGAGCACGUGCAGCGCGCCGCCGGCCUGCGCCUCGUGUGCCCCGCGCUCAACCCCGACGAGAGCCACCGCAUACAGUCGCACAACGUCACGCUCGACAUGUUUGAUCAGGUAUACCAAGAACUUUUAGAAAACACUGCAUCUCAAACUAGUGUAGAUGAAUCAACGUCUCAGGAGACAGAACACAUUUACCCACCGACGCCUCCACAAUCUGACCACAAGAGCCCUAAGACUCCAGCCACUAAAACACCCUCGACAAGGCAUCUAUCACCAGUACCUGAUAUAAGACUGCAUUCGGAAAUAGAGUGA